GCACAUACAGCUUAUGCUAAUAACACGCAGGUCGCGGCAGUGUGUGUGUGAAAGCUUUACAUUGCAACGGAUAAAGGGCCGUGCCACGACCGAACGUUGGGGCGACAGUCGUGUCAUCCUACAUUCCUGAUCAGAAUCGUAGCAUUGCACUCAUCGCUAAGCUUCAUAUUAUAGUGUUGAAGAUCACAAUCUUCUACAUCUUGGAGAUAAUAUCACUCGUCUUGGCACUUCGAUCUUCGUCAAUCCGUGAGGGACACGGUUCUAAAGACACAAAACACCGGCGUCACACGCAUCAGCGACCGGGAGCAAACGCCCACAAGCCCCUGGAGUAGACGGCUGUCGACGCUAGUCACAACUCGUCGAUGUGAUCGUUGAGCUCGAUAAACUCGGUCGCAUCGCGUUGGUUCCCUUGGCUGAAAAGCUUUGCUGAUUUUGUUCUCUGGGGCACCACAGCUAAGCCUCUUCGACUUUGAAGCAGCUACGAUCGGAUAAGCUGGAAACGGGCCAAGCCUUUUGUGCAGUAGAUUUGUCAUUUCUCAGGACCUUGAAGAAUUUAUCUGCAACUGCAAGGCGAUUUUUCAUUCGGAAGUUAUGCUGUGACUGUCUGUGAAUUUCAGCUUUGCAGUGUGCAAAAUGUCUUGACUGUAACUCACACAGUUCCUGGCCCAUUCAUGUUACAUCAAAGAUAAACAUGCCAACACAAACCCUGCUAUGAGGACAAAUAGCUCCCCAGUGUGUUCCGUUUGGUGAUCCUCAGGUAUCUGUUGCCAUGGGAACCGGCUCCUCUCAGUCAAACAGGUCCUUUCUCCCAUUCUUGGAGUCCCUCCACGUUGUUCUCCUCGGACUUGAUUUCUCAGGCAAAACGACAAUCCUGUACCGACUAAAGCUGGAUGAAUUCAUCAACGCAGUUCCCACCUUUGGCUUCAAUGUUGAAAAACUUCAAUCAAGACAUGGACAGUCAAAAGGGGCGCGGUUUAAAUUUUGGGAUGCAGGGGGAAGCGAGAAACUCCGCCCACUUUGGAAGUCCUACACACGGGCGACGGAUGCAAUCAUUUAUGUCGUGGACAGCUCUGAUCGCGAAAGAUUCGAGGAGUCAAAGAGUGAGUUGAUGAAACUUUGGCGGUCAUCACAGAACAGUGGCGUGCCGAUUCUUAUCAUCGCUAACAAGCAAGACUUACGAGAGGCUGUCAGUCUUGAGGAAAUUGAACGACACCUCAGUCUGAAUGAACUACGACAGCAUAAUCCGUACCAGCUCAUACCAGCAUGUGGAAUUACAGGUGAAGGGUUAGUCAAUGUCAUGGAUAUACUGUGCGAGAUGAUUGAUAAACGAAGAAGUCUCGCAAAACAGCAGAAGAAGCGAGGGAGGUAACACCGGCUUUGGGAGCAACCUUUUUACCUCAAGAUUAUCUCUGCCAUUUAUGAUGACAGCCCGCGAUGUAGUUGAGACAUGUGAGGGAUCACAAGUAGGAUAAACAGCAGAAAAAGGAAUGCCUUUAUCACUAUUAUUUGAAUAGCUUGUGAGCUGACUUGCAACUGGAUGAGUUGUGAUGACUUAUGAUCCAUCACAUGUACAUUAAUCAAUACAACCUUGUGUGUGAUGCUGUGGCCACUCAAGUCAAAGAUGCUAAUUUUACAAUGCAAUCCUAGGAAAAUCGUUUUGUGACUUGGUUGGGCACCCAACGCUUUAAUUACCACACAUAAAGUCAUGCAUGUUAGGAAAUCCAACUUUUAAGUCACAAGUAAAUUUUCAAAAAAUCAUAAAAUUAGAAGUAUUUGUUUGAUGGAUAACCAAAUAACAAAAUUCCCAACUAAAACUCAAAGGAUUUCAUUAAUAAUUAUGUUCACACUCGAUGUCGCCUUGCUAUCACUCAAAAUUGUAAUAUUAAUAAGUAGUCCAUAAUAUUUACUUUUGGUUACUACUCAUUUUGACCUUUAAUAUUGGCUGAACAUCAGUAAGUAUUGAUAACAGUCGGCAGUUUUAUCAGAUCCUUAUCGCAGAUUUCCUUUAUAUUCUUUGAUCUGACGUAAAUACAUGUGAUAAAUGAUCAAGGAUAUAUUCAUUAAAUAUUAUUUUUAUGGUUUGAAAUUUUUAUGCUGUUGUUUUUAUUGAAGAAAUCCUGCAUUUCUCUGUAAUGCAUUGAAAUUUUAGUUGAUUUCACUCAGAAUUAAUUGGUGCCACUUAAAUCCAAGCAACAAUUAUUCUUAUUUACAUUAUUUCUUUCCUUAAUGCCACUUUAUUGUAAAUGGAAUUUACCGUGGUAUUUGACUGCAUCUGAAAAGAAGUUCUUCACUUAUUGUUGACAAUUACAAAAUUAAGUUUGAUCCAUUUCUAAAAUUCAUAAAAAAACCUUUUGUUUCAAAUUUGUUUAGGUCUGUCUGUUGAAGUGCCUUAUGUCAUCAGCAUAGCUUUUUUCUCAAAGCACCUUGUUUUCUUAAUUUCCGGGUAACCGCACUAUGUCAUGAAGAGUCAGUAGUGUGGUGCCCUGACCCUUUCAAAAUUUCAAUGCAACAUUGUGUGUUUUUGUCCACUUGAGGGCAAGCGCACUGUGGGAGCCGAUUAUGUUCUUUACAAGUGCCUAUAUAGAUAAUUUAAAUAUGAAUACAAACCCAUGGUGGGUGCUUGUAGCCCUGUAUAUAGGGGGCAUACAAACACCUCUUUGGACCCCUUGUGAAUGUAUUUGUGUAUCUUCCAGGGUUUUACAUAUAAAAGGGACUGUUAAAGCUCAUAAAUAUUCCGUUUUAGAGCUUAACUUCUGAUUUUGUGCAUGUAGAACACAAUGUAUGGGAACAUGAACAGUUUUUAAUUUUCAAAACUGAAGGGUUUAAAUGAAUUAGUUUGUUGAUUGUUCCCUGCUACUGGUUCAGAGACUAAAUAUACAUGCUUAUCAUGUUAAGAACAUUCAAAGAAACGAAUAUGGAUGUAUUUCCUUGAUUAACAAGCGGAAAUUGUUAAAAGAAACAAAAUCACCGGAAUUUUAGCAUGUUUACAGAACAGUCAUUUACUGGAAUUGGUAAUCCUGAAUCUUCAAAUAAUGUAUUGUUUUCAAAAAAGAAUUGUGAUGUUGGGAUUUUAUCAACAAAUGACCCCAAAGUCCUAGGGUUUUUUCCAGAAUGUCACAAUUGAGCACUUGUUUCCUCAGGUUGCUUUGACUGAGUUUUAAAAAAAAAAACACCAAAACGCCCAAUUGAUGCAAAAGCCAUAAAACAUCAAAAGCAUCAUGGAAGCAUGUGAAAAUUCAGAGCAUUGUCGAAACCAUUGUCAAGUUCAUGUAUAUUGCUUAUGCUACGAAAAAAAUAUAAAAGACAACAUAACGCAGUUCUUGUAGAAAAUCCUUGGAUUGCAUUAUAUUCCCCCAAAGAUGUGUUUAUCAAAAAUUCAUGUCAGUUUGCCUGGGCAAUUUAUGCCAAUUUCAGGUCAGUCUGUCUGCCCGGUUUAUCUCGGUUCACAUCCACAGCUACCGUAAACCACACCGUUUGCCUCCGGCAAAAGUGCAGCUGUCAAACUGACACGACAGCCGCCAUAUUUGGACAAACAAAAAGCCCACAACCGCCAUCUUUGUUUUGUUUGGGUGGAGGGGAAAAACUGGCUUGAGAUUCCCGAUUUGUGUUUACUACUAAGAAAAUAAGCACUGUGGUUUGGUGCACACUGUUUUGUGGUCACUAAACCGCAUGCGGCACUGGUCUUCAUAUACAGGGUAUAAAUUAUGUGUGACUGGUGACCAUGAACACAUUUUGUUUUUCUCUAAGAUUUUGAAGACCCCUCUGUCGAUGGGAUGACAGUUGAAAGACAAUGUCUCGAUUUUAUUUUGGUAUGGAGUUGUUCAGCAGUAUUUGACUUGGAACUUGCAUGGAAUCAGUUUCCUAUAAUUAGCUGGAAAUCAAAUCAAGAAAUACAUGCACUUUUGCUUUAACUUAAUAAUUUGUUUGCCAUGAAUUAAAUUAAUUUUCAUUGAUGAAAAUGUUUGGCCAAUUUUUUGAUGAAUCUAACCCAGAAGUAAAGCUAUUUGAAAUACAUGUUUUUACUCAUGUUUUGUACAGAAUUCAUACAAAUUCUGGUUUAUUUCUAAAUAAAAAAGAGAUUGGGGUAAAAUGCAAAUUCCAAGCAGAAUAUUGUGACAACAAACUUACAAAGCUGUAUGACAAUUUUUAAACAAGGCCAAAAAGUUGACAUUAUUAUUUUUCAGAGUGUGUGUGAUGAUUGCCGUGCACAUUUCAUGAAUCAAAAAUCACGAAAUUACAUUUCUUUUGUUCACAUUUUGUGCAAAAAAAAACAUUGAAUCAAUUUUUGAUUGUAAGCCUAAUGGAAAUUUGGUGCUGAUUAUGUGUGUAUCUUUUCUUUUAAAAAUUGUUUCUGUCACACAGAUGUGUCAAUUUUGAUGUAUAAAAAUGUGAUGUGGUUGAAAGGAGUCUUAUAGGCAAUAAAAUUCCUACCAGGGUUCAGAUA